AUAGCGCCUGUUCAUAAGACCUGUUUCUCACUUUCUCUCCCUCGAGAAAAUAUUCAGUGCUAUCUGCGCGCCACGUCAUUUGCUGCUGACAUGGUGUGUAUUUACCACUAAGAUGUCGACACGCGUCUUGUGAGGGACCCGCUGAAAAAUGGAGAGGCUAGUUCUGUCGGCCCAGCUCGGCUCGUUGGCAGAAAAAGGAUAGACAGGUCAAUGGUCAACAAACGCGGAACACUCCCGCUCAAAAAGUCUUCUCGACACUUGAAUUUGCUGGGUUUUUCUCUCUCGCCUCGUAGGAGAACAAACAGAGAACGACCGCGACUUCCUCUGUUUCCUUCUCCGCGCAUCCCACCCCCUCUGCUUACGCCUUUCUCUCUCUCGACCCACAGCAACGCCGUCGACAAUGGCAGCCGGGAGCCUCCGCUCUCCGGCCCCCUCCUCCUCCUCCUCCUCUUCCUCUUCCUCGCCGCCUCCGCCGACGACUCCGCCGUCAUGGCCGAGAUCCUCGCUGCCCUCAAGCCGUCGGACUGGUCCUCGAGCCAGACCUACUGCAAGUGGACAGGCGUCAGCUGCGACUCCUCCUCCCGGGUCACCGUCAUAAAGCUCUCUUCCGCCUCCCUCUCCGGCGUCCUCCCCUCGGAUCUUUCCUCCCUCUCCCAGCUGCAGAGCCUCUCCCUCCAGAGCAACUCCCUCUCCGGCGCCGUCCCUUCCUUCGCCGGCCUUGUCUCCCUCCAGUCCAUCUACCUCGACGGCAACAACUUCACCUCCAUCACCUCCGGCGCCUUCCAGGGCCUCACCAGCCUCCAGACCCUCAGCCUCAGCGAAAAUCAUGACCUCCCCUCCUGGCAGAUCCCGGCGGAGCUCAACGCCUCGACGUCCCUGACUGUCCUCUACGCCGACAACACCAACAUCACCGGCACGAUCCCGGACUUCCUCGGAACCUUCCCUAGCCUGACGAGUCUGAGUCUCUCCUACAACAACCUCACCGGGCCCCUCCCCUCCUCCUUCGGCACUUCAUCGAUCCAGAACCUCUGGAUCAACAACCAGGCGGUGGGGCUUUCCGGCGGCAUCAGCGUGUUGGCCGGGAUGACCCAGCUGACCCAGGUCUGGCUCCAGAACAACCAGUUCACAGGUCCGAUCCCCGAUCUCUCGCAAUGCACUAAUUUGUUCGAUCUCCAGCUUAUGUACAACCAGUUCAUUGGGGUUGUGCCCGCCUCGCUGUUUGCACUCCCCGGCUUGAAGAAUGUGUCCUUGGAUAACAAUAAGUUGCAGGGUCCCGUCCCUAGUAAUAGCAGUGGAAUUAGCGUUACCUACGGGGGUACCAAUAGCUUUUGCAACAGUGCGCCGGGCCCUUGCGACCCACAGGUUACUACGUUGCUUGAGGUGGCUAGUGCGUUGGGGUAUCCGAUCACGCCGGCGGAUUCUUGGACUGGGAAUGAUGCUUGCCAGGGCAGCUGGAGUGCCAUUUCUUGCCAGGGGAAGAAUGUGACCUCUGUUACUUUCUCGGAGUGGGGGUUUAGUGGGACCAUCUCGCCCGCAUUUGCGAAUCUCACCUUGCUCCGCACGCUGCUGUUGAACGAUAAUAAUCUUACUGGCUCUAUUCCGGAAAGCUUGACUACGCUGACUCAGCUUCAAGUUCUUGAUGUGUCGAACAAUAAUCUCAAUGGGCCGAUACCGGUUUUCCCAGCCUCGGUGAAGUUGACUACUACUGGUAAUCCGUUAAUUGGUGGUUCAGGGACGAAUUCGGCUGAUGGACCUGGAUCGUCAAAUGGCUCUUCACUUUCAGGUGGUGUAAUUGCUGCGGUUGUCGUAGGUGUCCUUAUUUUCAUCGUGGUGGUGUUGUUUGUCUUGUACAAAUUCUGUUACAUCAACCGACGACACAGGAAAUUUCAUAGUGUAGACAAUCCGGAAAUCGGGAUGGAAGUAGCUAAAAACGGGGCUGGGAAUGGUGUGAAUGGUUAUGGUGGGCUUCCAAGUGAAUUGCAUAGCCAAAGCAGUGGGGACCAUAUUGAUUUCCCUGUUUUUGAAGGAGGAAAUGUUGCAAUUUCAAUUCAAGUCCUUAGACAAGCGACUCAUAAUUUUAGUGAAGAGAACAUUUUAGGAAGAGGUGGUUUUGGUGUUGUUUACAAAGGGGAGUUGCACGAUGGCACCAAAAUUGCUGUUAAAAGAAUGGAAUCUGGGGCAAUGGGCACGAAGGGAAUGAAGGGAUUCCAAGCUGAGAUUGCAGUACUUACAAAAGUGAGGCAUAGGCAUUUAGUCAUGCUUUUAGGGUAUUGUAUCGAAGGUCAUGAGAGGCUUUUAGUGUAUGAAUAUAUGCCACAAGGGACUCUCGCGCAACAUCUGUUUGAGUGGCAAGAGAAGGGGGAUGCACCUCUGACUUGGAAGCAAAGGGUGACCAUUGCUUUGGAUGUUGCUAGAGGAGUGGAAUACCUGCACAGUUUAGCCCAACAAAAAUUUAUCCAUAGGGAUUUGAAGCCAGUAAACAUACUGAUGGGAGAUGACAUGAGAGCCAAAGUUGCUGACUUUGGUUUGGUUAAAAAUGUUCCUGAUUGGAAGUAUUCCAUGCAGACACAGUUGGCUGGAACUUUUGGGUAUUUAGCUCCCGAAUAUGCAUUAGCCACUGGAAGGGUAACUACAAAGGUGGACGUUUACGCAUUUGGUGCUGUCUUGAUGGAGAUCAUUACCGGUAGAAAAGCAUUAGACAACACCAUGCCAGAUGAGAGGGCGCACUUGGUCACUUGGUUCCGUAGAGUUCUGAUUGACAAGGAAAACAUCCCGAAAGCUAUCGACCACACUCUUGACCCCGAUGAAGAAACCUUAGAGAGUAUAAUCAAAGUUGCUGAGCUGGCUGGUCAUUGCACUGCUGAAAAACCGUUCCAGAGACCUGACAUGGGCCACACUGUCAAUAUUUUGCAUCCCCUCGUGGAGCAAUGGGAACCAACUAGCCAUGAAGAAGAAGAAAGCUCUGGUAUCAACCUCCACACGAGCCUUCCUCAAGCCUUAGGUACUUCCUCCAGUUCAACACUGUCCUUCUCCGAUAAGCAGUCUAGCAUUCCACCAAAACCUUUGACGUUUCCAGACUCAUUCAGUUCAACUCAUUGCCAGUGAGGAAAGUAAUGGGAAAAAAUGUGGUCAGGCUGGCUAUGUAAAGUAUUUGAUGAAGUGGGUUACCAGCAGAAAGAGAGAUUAAGAUGCUCUCAUAAAAAGUUGCUUCACGACUGUCGAAAAUAGACAAUGCAGCUGGCUGUAUGAGCUAGUGGUCACGAUUGGCACCAGGCGAUUUAGCUUCGAUGAGUGUAUUUUUU